AUGGCAAGAACCCAGCACUUUCCAGUGCAAGCCAAGAUCCCCAUCUAUUCGGUCGGAUUUGUCGACGAAAAUGUCAUCGUCUACUCGGGCGGAGGAGGCGCCGGCCGUUCUGGAGUCACCAAUGCCGUCGUCGCAGCCCGCGUGGACCUCGCAGCGCAGAGCAUUGACAAGCUAGAUGAACUCAAGCUCUCACGCGACGAAGACGCUCCCAUGGCCAUGUCGGUCAACACCGCCAAAUCUCAGCUCGUUUGCGGUAUCAACAACGCCGCAGACGAUGUCAAGCAAGGCACCAAUCAGCCCGUACGCAUCUUCGACUAUACCUUGCAGCAAUCCGCAGCCCCGCAAAAGGCAGCGUCGACGGAAGCCGAAAAGCCUGCUUUUUCCGCUGACAAGGGCAAAGCAAAGCAGCAAGACGUCAAAGUCGAACUUCGGUUCACCAAGGCAGCCUCGUCUAUGCACAUCCAGGACCCCGAACAAUAUGUCAAGGUGGUCGCUUUCAGCCCAAAUGGUCGCAUGCUCGCCGUUGCUAGUACCGACGGUCAGGUCGCGCUCCAUCGAUACCCGGCUCUCUCACCCGUCUGGAACGAUGCCGGCGAGCCCUCGUCGUCCGCCCUCGCUGCAGCAGAAGCAAAGGACACCUCCAUCUCGAUCCCAUCACGCGACUUUGACCAUAGCGAGAUCUACGACGCAGAUUUUUCGCAUUCCAACACCCACGUCGUCUUCACAUCCUCCUCCAAGCUUGUCGUCUAUGCCACAGAUCCCUUUAUCGAAUCGGUCGCGCCAGAUGCCGAAAUAGAUACCUCAGCCGAUGCAGCUGAAGGUUAUGCACAGACCAUUCAAACCAUCAAAAAUCCGGCACUAGGCGGCAAAGGUCCUUGCUCUUUCCGCGCCGCUCGAUUUGGUCGUGGCGACGCCAGCAAAGAGAAGCUCUUCACCGUCGUCAAUGCCGCGCCAGCCGGAGGCAAAGGUCCCAAAGCCAAGAUCCGCAAAAGUUUCGUCACAGCUUGGGAUGCCGACUCGUGGGAACUCAUCGAAACACGUCACGUCUCUGAUCGACCCGUCACCGUCUUUGACGUGUCACCGGACGGCAAAUUCUUGGCAUACGGCUCUUCGGACCUGUCCAUCGGCGUGCUCGACGCAAAAACGUUGCGGCCGGUGCUCAAGAUCCUACACGCCCACGACUUCCCGCCGACGUGUCUCAAGUUCAACCCUGCUUCCAACCUGCUCAUCUCUGCAAGUGCCGACAACACCUUGCGCGUCAUCCCUAUCCCGGCAAAGGCGCUCUUGGAAUCCGCGGCGAGCGCAGGUGGCGCACUUGCUUUCAUCUCCGAGACCAGGAUGGGCUUCUACACCACCAUCUUCCUCUCACUCCUCAUCGCUGCUUUGGCCUUGUGGCUCCAGCGCAGCUAUCUCACCCAGUAG